UUGUAGAACAUUAGGUGUCUGCUUUAAACAGAAAAAACCCAAUCUGUUUUACUGCAGAAUCUCACUACUUUAGAAUAUUUUGGCGUUUUAUCAGUGAGUUAAGUGAGUGUUGUUCUAAAAGAAGGGGCGUGACGCUCUACCAGCCGACCCUACUGCGCAAACUCCGACUAGCAAAAUAUGUCAGCGCCCUGCUCAACGGGAGGGGGUGGACACGCGUCGAAAUGGGAACACCGCACAGUGAAAGACUACGCUUGAAAAUAGUGCAACAAUUUCAAAAUAAUGUCCCUCAGCGUGAAAUUGCAAAGAAUUUGGGGAUGUCGGCGUCUACCGUGCACAAUAUCAUUAAAAGAUUCAGAGAAUCCGGAGGCAUCACUGUUCGCAAGGGACAAGGCCGAAAACCAAUACUGGAUGUCCGAGAGCUUCGGGCACUCAAACAGCACUGCAUUCAAAACAGACACGAUACUGUGGUGGAUAUAACUGCCUGGGCUCAGAAACACUUCAAAAAAACACUGUCUGUAAACACGGUUCGUCGCUACAUCCAAAAAUGUGUUUCCGCUUUUUUUCGUUCGAAAGAAUCUUUAGCAAACUACGGCAGUGGAGAGGAUGAAAAUGAGAUGGAAACGGAGGAGUCUAUAGCUGGAUCUGUUGACGUCCAAACUCAGGCAUCUGCUGUGAAGUCAACGCAAAAUGAAACCCAAGAGACAAACAGUGGCCAGAGGAGUGCUGGGAAUCAUGAGGAUGAGGCUUCUUCUGUGGAGAGUUCCCUCACUAACACUGACAAAAGCAAGGACCAAGAAGAGGCUGGAGGGGAUUCCGCUCUCCAGGAGCAUUACCUUCAUAAGAGGAGGAAAACCAGCCAGAGAAGUGAGAUUGAAAAGGAAGGAGAAGGAUCUUCAGUUAAACCUCACAGAUCAGAGCCUCAGGUUUUGUCAAACAACAGCAGCAGGGAGGAGGAGGAUGAAGAGUGUGAAGCUGGACCUGCUGACGUCCAAAAGUCUUUGCAGGAGUCAGCUGAUCAAAAUAUGGAGGAGGAGGUGACAACAUCCAACAAAAUCCAGGAGACCAAAGCUGACCUAAACAGUCAAGACGGAUAUGUUGAUAUCCACAGCAUGGAUGUGGCCAUUGAUUUUUCAACAAAAGCGCAUCAUUGAAAAAGAUUGAUACUGAUAAAGUAAAGUCUCCUCUUUUCAAAAACACUAUCCUUGCUCUCUUAAUCUGUUCUUUAUGUAUGAUUGUUUUUUGUACCUCUGCUUAUUUAAGGUGCACAGGCUUGUCAGAAUCAGAAUCAUUUAUUGUUAUUGUACAAGAUACAACAAAAUUGUUUGUAGUUCAUUCAGUACACGUGCAGUUCAAUUCGGUGCAAUUAUCAUUUAUUAUUGAAACUGCUCUGGGAUAUGUGCUGUUUUUCAGUCUGUUAGUUUUGGUUCAUAUUGUCCUGAACCGUCUUCCUGAGGGUAGCAGCUGGAACAGGUGAUGUGCUGGGUGGGAUGAGUCCUUCAGGGUGCUCAGGGCCUUCCUGUGGCAGCAGGACCUGAACAGCUCCUCUAAGGAGAGGAGAGCACAGCCAGUGAUUUUCUGUGCUGUGUUGAUGACUCUCUGGAGGGCUGUCUUCUCCUGAGCAGCGCAGCUGGAAAACCAUGUCAUGUCAUGUCAUGUCUGUCAUGUGAAUUUGAGACAGCAGACAAAAUGUAUCACUGUUAAUGUUAAGGUUAGUGUUUGUAAUCUGGGGAGGGCCUGUCUUUUUUAUUACAGUUAGAUUUUGUUGAAUCUGUGGUAAUGAAAAUGUUCUUCAGAUAAGCCUUAGCCCUGUUCUUGGUUCUGGAAUCAAUCUGACCUAAGUUGUGUUUUUUUCCAAUAUUUUGUUUGUCUUUGCCUGGCCUUAAUGCUUAAUAUCUCGUCUCUGUAAUGAUAUCUUUUUGUAUACUGUUUGUUCUGUUGUCUCCAUUGGUUAUGCUGUAGUUAAAAUGUUGGAUACAAUUAUAACUUUUGAAGAAUGAAAUACUGGACUUUUCAAAUA